AUGGAUGCUGUGGAUGAAACAAGUUCCUUCUUUGACACAGCACCUCUUCUGAAAGAUGGUGAUAUCAUAACCAGAAAAUUAACCCAAUUUAUUGAUCAGAAAUCCUCAUCAUCAGGCAUUGGGCCAAGAAGGGUUGUAUGUGUGACAUCUGGUGGGAGCACUGUUCCUUUAGAGCAACGAUGUGUCCGUUACAUCGAUAACUUCAGCUCUGGGCAUAGAGGAGCAACGUCUACCGAGUACUUUCUGAAAUCUGGAUAUUCAGUCAUCUUUCUGUAUAGGAGGGGAACCUGCCAGCCAUAUUGUAGAUCGCUUCCGGAAGAUCCGCUACUCGAAUGUUUCCAGGUUACCGAAGAUGAUUCAUGCAUACAAGUACAAGUGCAGGAGUCGCACUCUGAAGCAGUUAAGACAGCAAUUAGCGAACAUCAUGCAGCUGUUUCAGGAGGUUUCUUGCUCAAACUUCCCUUCACAACCAUCUUUGAGUAUCUUCAGAUUUUACGGUUGAUUGCAACAUCAAUGCAGAUGCUUGGACCAAGUGGUAUGUUUUAUCUUGCAGCUGCGGUAUCUGACUUUUAUGUUCCAUGGGAGAGCAUGGCAGUACAUAAAAUUCAGUCUGCAUCUGGUCCUCUGGAUAUGCGGCUUGCCCAAGUCCCGAAGAUGCUUUCGGUUUUGCGGAAAGUGUGGGCCCCGACAGCAUUCUGCGUAUCAAUCAAGUUGGAGACAGACAAAGAGAUUCUUUUAGAGAAGGCAGAUGCAGCUCUGAAAAGGUACAAAAUGAAUGCGGUUGUAGCAAAUGAGCUGUCAAGUCGUAAAGAGGUAGUAAAGUUACUCUUUCUUUUAUAA